CACAUUCAUCAUCAUCAUUGUCACUUUCCAGUCAGUGGGUAAAAUAUGGCAAACUUUAUCCCUCAGGAGCAACCCGAAAUCACUAUGGACUAUGUAAAUAUACCUAAUUCAUCAGCCAGGAGCUCUAGUGAUGACAGUAGAGGGACUGCUGCAGUGCCUGUUAGAAGACUGUACAGAGUGGUUGGUGUGAGCUUUGGACUCCUGUUCAUCCUACAAGCUGCUCUCAACAUUUCCCUGCGUCUUUACAGCUCUGACAGUAAGACACCAGAUACAGAAGCCAGCUGCACAAACCUUAUUCAGGAGACUGCCAAGCUGAAGAGAGAACUGACUGACUUUGAUUACUAUUUGCAACAAGGAUGGGUGUAUUUCCGCCACAGUUUUUAUUUUGUUUCUACUACCACGAAAUCCUGGCAGGACAGCAGAGAUGACUGUCUGCAGAGAGGUGCAGACCUGGUGAUUAUCAACAGCAAAGAGGAACAGAAUUUCAUAGGAAAAUUCGGCAGGGUCUUGUGGAUUGGACUGACAGAGCGAGAAGCCAUGGGGAUAUGGAAAUGGGUGGAUGGGACGCCGCUGACCGAAAGCUACUGGAAGCCUGGGGAGCCAAAUGAUUUUUUGGGCAACACUGAAGACUGUGUAGAAAUGGAGGACAGCUGGAAUGAUAUACCGUGUAAAAAUCAAAACUUCUGGAUCUGUGAAAAGAUGAUGUCUUUAUAACUCAUACGAAACCAUGGAGAGCUGAAAUUCACUUCAUGUUUGAUCUGGCAUAGGCGUUUCUAGCCCAUUUUUGGGGGUGCUGAAGCACUCCUAAAUUGAAUCCUAGCACCCCAAAUUUUAGGGGUUUUUUUUGUUUUUUUUUACUGUAUGUCCUUUUUUAACAAGCUAGAAAAGUAUAAAAACCAUGGUUUAAUCCACCCCAUCCCUCCCACCUUUCCCCGACUCAGCCUCUGAGCACUCUAUCUGCACAGAGCAAUGCGCUGCCUUCCAGAGUGGGUGAUAUGCAGUAGUGGUGUAAGUACCUGGCUUAAACCAGGAUAUGUGGCACAUUUCUUAACUUCUACCACUCAAUACCAACACAUUAUUAUCAUUACCAGUCCUCAUUUUUGCUGCAUUUAAUCGUAGGUCACAAUUCAAUUGCCUUGUCACUGUUUAUGUUGUUAGGUAGGAGUUAGCUGACGUUUUUUCUAGCUAGGAAACGUUAUAGGUGGUCAGUACCACUGUCCUCUGUUUGAAUUGGAAUGAGAGAAACUAGCUGUUGUGUCAUGUGCAUGUGUUAAUAUUAAAUCAAGGUGCUACUGACUAGCUAACUGACUGGAUGCCCAUUAACAUUAUAACUCCUAUUAUGUGUAUUUAUUAUUAUUAUUUUGUAGAUUUCAAGCACUUUUCUUUUUUGAAGUGUAUUUUUAUUUAUGUAUUUGUA